GACCUCAAUUCUAGCACUGUAGAGGGAAAUUAUGAGGUUCCGGCAGAGGAGUGCUGUGCACGAGCUGAUACGUAGAGAAUAUGGAGUGAAGUGCACAUGGGGGGCUAGCAUCCAGACUCUUCGAUAUUCAGCUUUUGGACCAAGAAGAAAAUGGAAAAAUUAUUUUCAAACCAAGCAGAACUCUCUUUUUGAACUGAACAGCGACCUCAUGUGGAUUACAAAAUCAUUUGAUCAGCCAAGGUAUUCUUGUAAUGUCAUGAAGAGAAUAUGUGGAGAUGGACAAGUUAUCUCCCUCUACACAUCAGACCUCCACCCUCGAUCAAAGGAGGUUGCAAUAUAUGAUAUCCCUGACCCAAAUUUCAAAGCAUCUAUUCCCCAACAAGAAUAUCAGCCAGUGAUGUUCACUCUGAGGAAAGGAGGUGUGUUGACACGUCACAACCUGGAGAAUGGGAAAUUUUACAAUAGCAUAUUUCUAAGUCACAUGCCGUGUAAGUCUCUAACUGUUGGUUUUCUCUCGGAUAUCCUCAUCGUCAAGUCACCUAAGCUCAAGUUUCAUCAUCGGUCAGAGUGCUUCUUCCGUUUUCAUGCUUUUUGCAUGCACCCAUUCAAAUGUCUGGCAAAAUUUGAUAUUGAUGGCUCGGUAUUUCCAGACAACGAGCAUAAGCGUCAGUAUGGGAAGCUCCGUAAUGCUGAGAUCCAUGAAGAUAUGCUGAUUGUGAUGACAGAGAAGAACUUCAGCCUUAUAUAUGACGUGCAGGAAAUUAUUAAGGAGAAGAUGGUUGGCAAUGCUCAGGGUGCUGAAGAUUUUGCAUCAAGUCAUCUAGAACUUGUAGAGAAGGCUCCUCCACUUUUGUUUGUCACACUGGCACAUAUGGACGUCUUAAGUUUGGGAGCGUGUCCAUGGGCAUACAUACGAGCGGUGUCUGACUCCGUUUUGGAG